UUGAAGUGGCUAGGCUGACCCUGUAAGAGUUACCUUCGUUGAAAUGAAAGUGUAGACUGCAAUUCAGUUUACUUUUGAUAUCAAAGCAACACAAUCGAUUCUUCUCAGAGACGAAACAUUAUUAGAAAAGUUGAUUCCAGUUUAAUAACAGAACAAACUUCAUCUGAAUUCGAAGAAUGCCCAUCACCCUGUAUGCAGUAUCUGAUGGACCACCAUCACUAGCGGUACGUCAACUUCUGAAAGCCCUAAAUGUGGAACACACCCUUGUGAAUGUUGACUUUGGCUUGGGGGAGCAUAUGACUGAGGAGUUUUCAAAGAAAAAUCCUCAGAAAGAAAUACCGGUAUUAGAUGACGAUGGAUUUUUCCUGGGUGAAAGCAAUGCCAUUCUCCAAUACAUCGCAGAUAAAUAUGGUGAAAACGACAAGUUAUAUCCGAAAGAUCUGAAAAAAAGAGCAUUGGUAAACCACAGAUUAUGCUUCAAUCUGUCAACAUACUACAGAUAUAUUUCGGAGUAUGUUAUGGCUCCUAUAUUUUUCGACUACCAAAGGACACCUUUGGGAUUAAAAAAAGUUCAUAUAGCUUUGGAUAAUUUCAACACAUAUCUACAGAAAACUGGAACAAAAUAUGCUGCUGAUGAUAACAUCACCAUAGCAGAUUUCCAGUUGGUGACAGCCACCAUGUGUUUAGAAGCCAUAAAUUUCGAUUUUUCUCAGUACAAACUCGUAUUCGAGUGGUACAAGACCUACAAGAGAGAAUAUCCCGAACUUUGGGCCAUUGUGGAUGCUGGGAUGCAAGAGAUCAGCGCUUUUGAGAAGAAUCCCCCUGACUUGAGUCACAUGACACAUCCUAUACAUCCUGUCAGGAAAAAUUAGUGUUUAAGAAUGUCGAAAUUAUAUCUCCAGGUUUUUACGCUUUUUGAGUCAUGUAAUUCGAUAGCUGCUGAAAACUGAAACUAAAUAUUAUUAGAAACAAGAUUUCAUCUACAUUAUGUUUGAAUAACUUCCACAAAAUAUUAUGACUUCUUCAUUAAAGAUUAAAAUGUUCAUCAAGUA